CACAGUAGAAUUAAUGCAGUUUGGUACCACUCUAACUGCCAGGGCUCAAUGCUAUGGAAUAACAAGAGUCGUUGUUUUAGAAGGUCUUUAGCCAUCUUGUAGUGACAUCCCUUCAUAAAUCCCCUCAGAAAUAAACGUCUCUGGACCCUUCCACACAGCCAUAUAACCCAGAAUAUCAAGGCAGAAAACCCCACAAUAUCUGCUUUGAACUGGAUUAUCUGAGUCCACACUGCCAUAUAUUCCAGUUCAAAGCAGAUAAUGUGGGAUUUUAUUCAGCUGUGUGGAAGGUGCUUUUGUGUCUGUCCCACAGCAGGUGCAGCAGGUGAGACUAAGCCCGCCCACUCCCUCUCUUGAUUGGCUGCCUGGCUGAAUCCGUCUCAAGAUUGACAGAAAACAGUCAGUGCCAGGCAGGUGCACAGAUUACCUCAUGCGGCUUUUUUCCUCCCUCAAUUAUUCUGCUGAGGGCGGGGAAAAGCCCUCGUUUUGUGGCAUAGCUUGAACUUUUCAUGUGCCACAAAGAAACUGAGUGGAUCACCAAAGGGGAAAUAGCUUCCCUUUAUAUAGUUUGCAAACGGUUUAACUCCUCAUAUCAACUCAACAAUGGCUUUCACCCACAAGACAGACUGGAGCUUGUUCACUUUAUUGGAAAGACACCGGCUUUCCCUCGAGGAAGCAAUGGGGAAACCUGUUGGGCCCAGUGAUAGCGAUGAAAUAUCUAGCCCUGAGGUUCUUAGAACAAUAGAAAAUGUUAUUGAAGAUGCUAUCACGUGUCUGUCCAGAAAUGAAGCACCUGUUCUAAUCCUGAAAAACAGAUCCAAUUGGGAAAAUAUUCAGUUUCAAGAUUCUGUAGGUUUGCAGUUAGCCACCAAUUGCAGCACAAGGAAAAUAAGAUGCAACUGUCCCAAAUCAGCAACAAACUUUGCACUAUUUCUUAAAAUAUUUUCCAUUGUUUACAAGAUGGUGCAGACAAACAUUUAUGCAACGAAAAGAGAUAUAUUCUACACUGAUACAGUACUUUUUGGUAAUCAAAAAGUUGUUGAUGAUAUUAUCACUGAUAUUUCCUGUAUGCUCAAGAUACCUAGAAGAAAUCUACAUAUUCUGUCAACCAGCAAAGGACUUAUUGCUGGGAAUCUAAGUUAUAUUGAGGAAGAUGGUACAAAAGUAAAUUGUACCUGCAGUACAACGGCAGCUGUACCGUCUAAUGUUGAAGGAAUGAGAAAUUUGAUCACAGAUGCAAAAUUUAUUCUAAUUGUAGAAAAAGAUGCAACGUUUCAGAGAUUGCUAGAUGACAACUUCUGCAAUAAAAUGGACCCAUGCAUAAUUGUUACUGGGAAAGGUGUACCAGAUGUGAAUACAAGACUUCUACUCAAAAAGUUAUGGGAUACUUGCCAUGUACCUAUUUUUGCCCUCAUGGAUGCUGAUCCACAUGGUAUUGAAAUAAUGUGUAUCUACAAGUAUGGUUCUAUGUCUAUGUCCUUUGAAGCCCCAAACCUUACAGUUCCAGCUGUAAGAUGGCUUGGAAUUCUUCCAUCUGAUUUUGAAAGACUGAACAUACCCAAGACUGCAUUGAUUCCACUGUCUAAAAAAGAUCAAAGUAAACUGGCCAGUUUGCAGAUGAGACCAUUUAUUGCUUAUCAGUCAACCUGGAAGAAUGAACUAGAUAUUAUGGAAACAUGCCAAAUGAAGGCUGAAAUUCAAGCACUGAAUUCUUUUUCAUCCGAUUAUCUUUCCAGAGUGUAUUUGCCAAACAAAUUGCAGUUUGGUGGGUGGAUAUGAAUCUUCAGAUAAUCUUCCUAAGUUUCUUGAGACAGAUUUAGUUCUGAGUUAUUAAAAUAAUACACCUUAUAAAAUGAGCUUUGUUCAUGAAAAAGAGUUAUGGGGUGCUAUUUACAGUUUGGAAUAGAUAGAUAGAUAGAUAGAUAGAUAGAUAGAUA